GCACGACCCCAGCCCAGCCCCGCCGCCAUGAUAUCUGGGCACGUCGGGAACAGGCAGCCCGUCGAGGCUCUCUGCCUCUUCGGGCGGAUGAUGGAGGAAGGGUUUGCGCCCAACCGCGGGACGGUUGUCAGCGUGCUGUCAGCCUGCGCGAGCGCCGGUGCGUUGGAGACGGGUAAGUGGGUCCAUGUGUACAUAGAGAAGAACAGGCUCCGGUGGGAUGAGUUCCUGGGGACGGCGCUUGUUGACAUGUAUGCCAAGUGUGGCGCUGUGGAGCUUGCGCUGGAGGUCUUUGCCAGCUUGAGGACGAGGAACACGUGUACCUGGAAUGCCAUGAUCAAUGGCUUGGCCAUGAAUGGCUACUCAGCAAUGGCGUUGGACAUGUUUCGCCAAAUGGAGCUUGACGGAAGAGUGGUACCGGAUGAAGUGACCUUUGUAGGAGUCCUCUUGGCAUGCAGCCAUGGUGGAUCUGUGGAUGCAGGCAGGGAGCAUUUCAACAUGAUUUCCAGGAAGUAUGGCAUAGACUUAAUCCUUGAGCAUUAUGCGUGCAUGGUUGAUCUCCUUGCCCGGUCUGGUCAUCUACAAGAGGCACACAAGCUCAUUACAGAGAUGCCAAUGAAGCCGGAUGUUGUCGUCUGGAGGGCUUUGCUUGGUGGAUGCCGUCUCUAGAAGAAUGUCAAGAUGGCUGAAAUUGUCAUAACUAAAAUGGAAGCAACCUGCAGUGGAGACCAUGUGCUCCUGUCCAAUCUGUAUGCUGCAGUAGGGAGAUGGAAUGGCGUUGAAGAUGUUCGAAGGACCAUGAGAAGCAAGGGGAUCGAGAAGAUUCCCGGCUGCAGCUCGGUUGAGAUGGAUGGCUCCAUCCAUGAAUUCAUUUCAGGUGACAAGUCACAUCCAUCGUAUGAUGACAUUCAUGCAAAACUGAUCGAGAUUGGUGGAAGGAUGCAACAGCAAGGUCAUGUCACAGAGACCACUGAGGUGUUCUAUGACAUUGAAGAUGAAGAGAAAGAGCAGGCACUUGGACAUCACAGUGAGAAGCUUGCAAUAGCGUUUGGGCUCAUUGGAGGAUCUCCAGACGCUAUAAUCAGAAUUGUCAAAAAUCUUCGCUUUUGUAUGGAUUGCCACAAGUGGCUUUUGGAGGUCCUUCCGGGAGAUAUCCCCAGUAUCACACUGCGUACCAAGAACUCAGGGUACCUUCAACGUAUGUCUCUUUCAUUGUUAUUUAUGUUGUACAAUUAUGUAAUUCUCAGCUUUUUGCUUAACAGUUUUUUCCCAUGGACUUAGAUCUGCUCCAUUUCAUAUUUUCACUGUAUACUUAGAUGUACAAUAAUAUGCUAAGUUACAGCAAUUCCUUCAGUACAGACCAUGAUCAGGAUGCCUCUCCUUUUGUUUCUGCAGGCGGCUGGUGUCGAUUUUCCACCUCGUGAGGAUAAUACAGUUCCACUGUUUACACCGUUCAGGUUUACUACUUUACUGUGUUGUUUAUCUUCGAUCAUGUUAAUGUAAAACUGUAGGAAUUCACCAUAGGUCAAUUGGUGGUUUACAGAACAGCGAUGUGACUUAUGUUACUAGCAAAAGUGACAUGCCGUACAUGAUUGUUGAGACUCUUGUUUCUAGGAUUUAAUUAUAAUCAUUAUGUAGGAAAAUACCAAUAUGGAUGCAACAGUUUUUCUGCCCACCGGUUGUUCAUUCUUUCACCUUAGACCAUGUCAGCAGAAAUUCUAAUUUCUUACUGUUCUAUCCAUCAAUCCUAUCAUCUUGCGCGAGAUAUUUUGUUUUAUUUUACCAUUAUUGCCGACGGAUUAAGCUGUUAUUGCCCUGUGUUUUAUAAAUCUGUUGGUUAUAUAUGGAGAGGUGUGUGGCCCUCAAUGUGCAGAGAAGACCACACACCGAGCCAACCAUGGUGACAUCCCAGAACUGCGCCUCGACGGCCACUGGACACUGGUAAAAUUGUGGUCAUCCCACCAGUAGGGCCACGAUGAGGAUAAGAGAGGAUGAACCACUACGAAGCAGAACAACCCUACUGGCGUCGCCGCUACGUGAUCACUUCCCAGGGACGCCCUCUGGCGAAGGCAGGGGGAGGAGGAGAGUGAAGUAGCAGUUGGGUAGGGGUGUUGCGGGUUCUGCCACAGGGCUGCUCGUAGAAUCCUAGAGUUUCAGAAAUUGGGAUUUUAUUUUCCUCUCAAGGUAAUUUUUUUACCUGGAUAGAAAGUGGAAUUCUUUAAUCGAUAAGAUACCUAUCAAUCAGAUUGGUGAGCCACCAUAUUCUGGUAAUGAAAAUGCUAUGCAGACAAAUGUUUCUUAUGCAAGAUUUAGAACCCAUCUUUUGUGCGAAUUAUCUGAGCACCCCACCUAUUGCUGCAAUAUUAAUGUUUAUGUGAACAUUUAGAACCCAUCUUUUGUGCGAAUUAUCUGAGCACCCACCUAUUAUAGAAAUCAUCUAUGGCAGCAGUAUGUAGAAAAAUGCAUUUCCACUCUCUCCUGAUAAUGUUUUUUAUAUUUAGGGGGGAAAUGGGUAUAGUGCACUAUAUAUAUCAUGCUAAUUUUCAUUGUAGCAAUUAAUAUUGCGCUUUCACUUUCAAGCUCAUAAUGUACAUUGUUAUUACAUAUGGCUGGGAACUUACUUGGAUAUUCUUUUACAUCUUGUGAGAUCAUAAGAAUAAAUUUCCUUUGAGUCGUACCUUUUCAAAGCCAGUUAAUUUGUGGAUUAUUAAGUUUGCUACAUGCUUUGCUUACCAUUUUUUGAAAUAAUUUCAGCCAAAAAUCAUGCUUUUCAAUACUCUAGAAGACUAAAAAUUAUUAUACCACGAAGGGGUUUGCCCCUGUGUUAUAACUUGCGCACACUUUUUUAUUAUUCAGGACACUCUAUGUACACUGUGCUCUAAGAAUUUUUUGAAUUAUCCCCUGUUUCUAUCUUCAAUGAUUGUUACAAUUUUCACGUCAUCGGCACAGCCAGGACAUGUAAUGGUAUUCUGAUUGUUCUUGACACCAUAAAACCCAUAACUCACAAACGCCUCAAUGAGAAGGAGCUUGAGGGAUUUGGCAUCCGGUAAGUCUCUAUGUUGAUACCAUCUUGAGCACUUGUUGUCCUUCUCUUCCACGUUGAAAUUGUUUGUCAGCAACCUAAAUGGUUUUGUUUAGCUUUGUUCUUACGACUUCUGCAGUCAGGUUUAAUAUUCAUUGAAGUACAUGUUUUUGUU